UCUGGACUUCAGUGUGAUUAGCGGGAAAAAAAAAAAUCCCUUUGCCUAAAUCCAUUAGGCGCUUUCCCAGCUUAAGAAACAAAACGUUUCAAGGGAUGUGAUCGAGUUGCUAGCAAAUGAUAAGACAAAAUUUCACUUGAAAAGAAAAAGGCUUUUAUCAUGAAGUUCAUGAAAAAAGAUUAGAAAACUAAUUUCAAGCCAGGUUCAGUUCCAAUUAUGUAUUAUUAAUUAUACCUUUUAGGGUUCCGAUACGAUACGGCACCGAUACUGCCCCAAUACGUAUCUGAUACGCUACGUGGCAUAUCAUAGACUUUUCUGGGCUGUUGACUUUACGAUAUGGCUCUGAUACUCCAUCGAUAUGGUCACGAUAUGCCCGCAAUACGGUGGUGAUACGUCAAGGGGUAAAAGUGAAAAUAUUUUGAAAAUUUGGGGGUGAUUUUGAAAAUUAUUGAAUAUUUGGGGUUAAAAUGUAAACUUAAAAAUUAGAAUUUUAAAGACCCUGCCUCUAUCGAGAGGCUAGUUCUUUUGGGUGAUUUAGACGGCAACCAAAAAAGAAAAAGAAGAAGGAAGAAGGAAGAGAACCCAUCAGCAAUCGCCGUCCACCCAUUGCCGUCGCCAUCUCAGAUUCAUUUUGUUGGCUGCAGGCAUCUAUUAUUCAGGACAGAGCUGCAAUCUUCAUUCCCCUCUUAUCUGGAUGCUCUGAUUGAGAGUGGUAGAGAGUGAUUCUGCAGCCAUGUCUGCAACCAAGACUCGGACAAGUAGCUUCUCCCGCAACUUUGCAUCUGCAAACUCAUCUCAAAUCCCCGGACUCAAGCAUGGCCCUAAUGGCACAGUGUUUAUUUCAUCUGGGAUACCAGACCUUGAUAAGAUUUUAGGUGGUGGGUUUUCUCUAGGAAGCCUAGUCAUGGUGAUGGAAGAUGCGGAAGCACCUCAUCAUAUGCUUUUGCUUAGGAAUUUUAUGUCUCAAGGACUCGUUCACAAUCAACCCCUUCUCUAUGCAAGCCCAUCUAAGGACCCAAGACAAUUUCUUGGUACUUUGCCUAGUCCAGCGGUACCCAAAGAUGAUAAGUCUAGUCAUCGAGAUCCUGACCAGGAGAAAGGAUUGAGGAUAGCUUGGCAAUAUAAGAAGUAUUUUGGUGAAAAUCAGCACAGUUCUGAUAGUCAAGGUGGAAAACAUGAGUUCUGCAAUGAAUUUGACUUGCGGAAGCCCUUGGAGAGGCAAUUUCUAAGUGGCAAGCAUAUAGAUUGCAUUAGCAUUCAAGAUUCUCCAAAUCUUGUUACCCUUAAUGACCGUUGUGCCACAUUUUUAUCUCGAUUUCCAAGAAGUGAUAGAAGCAUUUCUUCUGUUGGUCGUAUUGCCAUUCAAUCAUUCUGUGCUCCACAGUGUGAAUUUUCCAACAUGGAAUGGGACAUGCUUUCCUUUGUUAGAUCUCUAAAAGGCAUGGUUAGAUCUUCAAAUGCAGUUGCUGUUGUGACAUUUCCACCUAAUCUUCUUUCGCCAUCCUCCUGUAAAAGAUGGCAGCACAUGGCGGACACCUUGCUGUCGGUCAAAGCAAUUCCAGACGAGGACAAGGAAUUGGAAAAACUCCUUACUGGUUACCAGGACAUGGUUGGCCUUCUGAAUGUGCAGAAAGUAGCACGUCUUAAUACACAGGUUCCUGUGAUUCUUGAGGCAACAACCUUGUCAAUAAAGUUGAAAAAGCGGAGGUUUAUGGUUUUAGAAUGUCUAAACCAAGCCCCUAUUGAUGGCUCAAGCGGGAGUUCAUAUGGCACUACCGGUAGUUGUUCUGUGUCCUCUAAAAGUGGGACUCUUGAUUUUUAGCUCCCAACUUCAUAUUCAUUUUAGAAAUGUCAUUGAUAAGAAAUUCAGUUUGUUACGGUAAAAUAUAAGAAUCAGCCAUCAACCAUGAUUGCUAAAAACUCCUAAGAGCCAGGAGUUUCAUGCAGGGCUGCUUUUGUGUA